AUGUCAAUUCCCUCUUCUUUGGAAUAUACUGAUAAUAAAUUUAAAGAUCUAAAAUCUCCACAGAAGAGGGCUCCUCGUUCUAAUGAAUCCGUUGUCGAUAAAUCGAGACUCAAAGAAGAAAAACCAAAGCGAUCUAGAAAAAAGGGGCCAAAAUACAUAUGGGUCAAUGUCAAUCAAGCCUAUUACCCCUUAAUCCGUGAAGCUCUGGAGUCAUAUGGAUUCAAAAUUACUGAAUCCGAUACAAAAGCAAAUUUAUUUUGGAUAAAUGCAAACGGAUCAACCGAAACAGCAUCUGAAUUAUUACCAUAUCAAUUUUAUAAUCAUUUUCCCGGCACAGUUUCAAUAUCUCGAAAAGUUGACUGUGCAAAAAAUUUAGAAACCGUCUCUCAUUUCAUGCCAGAAGCGUAUUCGUUUAAUCCAGAAACAUACAUUCUUCCAUUACAGUUUAAUGACCUCAAAAAUCAUAUGCUAUCCAUCAAAAAUUCUUUAAAAAGAACAUUUAUAAUAAAACCUGACAAAGGAUCUCUUGGAAAAGGCAUUUUCCUUAUUCAAGAUCCAAAUCAAGUCCAGGACUAUACAGAGCCUGCAAUUGCUCAGAGAUAUAUUGACCCAUUUCUCAUUGAUGGGCUUAAAUUCGAUCUACGAAUUUACGCUCUAAUCACAUCAAUAGAACCAUUACGACUGUAUAUUCACAAUGAAGGUCUGGCACGUUUUUGUACAGAACCGUAUAAUGAUCCAAAACCUGACAAUUUAGACCUUGUUUACUCGCAUCUCACUAACUAUAGUCUAAACAAAAAGAAUGAGCACUUCCAUGCGAAUGAAGUCGUUGAACAAGAAGAGAAAGGUCACAAAAGGUCCUUAGAAGCAAUAUAUGAAGCCGUUCGAAAGAGCGGCCACGAUCCAGAUAAGCUGAAACAUGACAUCGAUGAAAUCAUUCGUCUUACAAUUGCAUCUGUCCAACAUUUUAUUGCAUCUCAGUAUAGAAUCGGCGUUGUUUACAACGAUGGCAAGAGCAGGUGUUUCGAAAUACUCGGAUUCGACAUACUACUUGACAAAGACUGCAAACCGUGGCUCUUGGAAGUGAAUAACAAGCCGUCAAUGGGAGCGGAUUCAGAGUUUGACAGAGAAGUUAAGACGUCUGUGAUACAUGGCGCAAUGCAUAUUAUAAAUCUUCAGCCGAACUUCAAGAAAUGCGUGGGACAAAGAAUUAUGGAUUUAUCCAAGACGAAAUCAACCAAUUCUACAAGAUCUACUACUUUUUUCGACCCAGAAGGAGAGACACUGCGGGCAAAAGAAACAAAAUGGAGGCAAUUAUACCCUCUUAACGAUGGAGAUACUUCCGCCAUUGAACAAGCUUUAGCAGUUGCAGCCCAGGCAAAUGGAUACAAGAGGAAAGAGAAGUUGCCAGCGUCAGCAUCCCAAAAUUCUGUUCAAAUGCCACAACAAUUGCAAGCUUCCACCACUAUGCAGUUGCAGAGUCCAUUGAAGAAGAGAACAAUGCAAAAAAUCGUAAAACCAAUUCAGAGAACAGAUAUCAAACCAAUAACGGCGUCUUCUCCCACGAGAAUCAUUCAAAGACCUAUUCGCCAAGCACUCCCUCAGUUCAAAGUUGACGAAUCUCCAAUGAUCUUGCAAAUGAAGGGAUUUCCACCAAAUAUAAUUAUAGAUGAGGAAGAAAAAGAGAGAAUUAAGUCAAUUAAGCAACAGGCAGCAAUUUCUGGUUCACAGACAGCUUAUCAAAGAGUUAAGAACAUGCUUUCGGUUGUUGGCGGCGCUCCGAAGAGAGUUGAUCCUCAAAUACCAAUGCAGCCAAUAAUUGGACAGAGUUUUGCUGUUAGACAGCCUGAAAGAGCUUUCACCAAAUCGUUUGUAUUUCGAAAUUAUAAUUUACCUGAUUUAGUUGUUUAA